UCUUAAAAAAAAAAAAUUCCAGUUCACGUAAUGUUUAGGUCCAAUGAGAAACAUCCCAUUUCUCUGGAAAAGACUACUGAUCUUUGAGAUUUGAGAAUACAGCGGGCUCCCGAUUUUAUUUCUCCCUGGUAAAGGGGAACAGUAAUGGCCUGGCAAAUCUAUGGGGAAGAGCGUGUGUGUUCUGCUUUGACUUUUCCCAGAGGUCAGUUACUGAAGGUUUAAGGCACAAAUCCCAUACCUAUUUUUCCUUGGUAGCCAUCCGUGUUCAAAGAGCCAUGGGGAAGGCUGGUGGGACAGCUCCCACAUGGACAUCCUGUGUGCAUCCGUGUGCGUUUAAUUCAGAUACAGACCCCAUUUUAUAGCAACUUGAACAUGUCAUUCUAACAUACUGGAAAAGAUGAGCAGUGGGGCUGUGAGUUUUAUCUGGAUUCCUGGGCGCAGUACCAGCGAGACUCGCGGUGCCUUUGCAGAGGGCUAGCAAUGCCUGCUGAUACCUGCCACGGGUGCCACCUCCGAAAUGAGAGGCCCAGGGCGUCGGUUGGCUGGAGUCCGCCGGUGGAUUCUCAGCUGGGGAGCGCAGGCUCCUGGGCAGUGAUGGAAGUGUCCAGUAGGGGGCUGGCAUUCUCUGUUUAUAAGUAGCCCCAGUUCCUCUGCAGAGCCUCAGCUCCGCAGAGCUGCUGUUUGCUGGGGAAGUCAGUGACGUGCACAGCAUCCUGCCUAUAGGAUUUGAGGCUUUCUCAGUGCGGUUUUUUUCCUACCCACUUUAAACCUUCAGGUUCUAAAUAUCAGGAAAGAUAGGAAAUGCUGUAUGAAAAUAGCUGGCCAAAAGUUCUUAGUAAACUGCAGCCAGGGAGGCUCAGACUAGAAUGGAGGUAGAAAGAGUUGAUACAGACUGGGUUUAAUUCAGGCUGACUUUUUGUUGUCGUUUUGUUGUUAACUUAUUGAAUUUAGACAUGCAUUACUUUGGUCAUAUGAGGACCAGAGCAGCACAAGCAUCAAAAUAGUGCCAGGCCGUUCUGAAUGCCACAGUGUAUAGGUACUCAGAAUUUUUGUCAAAGAAGAUAAAAAGCCCAGCAUAGAUUUUAUCCUCAUCUUCACCCAACUACAAAAUCAAAGUUAAGCAACAGCACCUAAGAGCACUUUUUGGGUGGGAAAGAACCUAGAGGAUGGCUCUGAAUGGUUGUUUGCUUUUGAACUUGGAAGUGGACCACUUCUUGCACUGCAACAUCUCCAAUCACAGUGCAACUCUCCCCACGAACGACGACUGGUUCCACCCAGGGAUCUUCUAUAUCAUCCCUGCCAUCUAUGGGGUCAUCAUUCUGAUAGGCCUCGUCGGCAACAUCACCCUGAUCAAGAUCUUCUGUACAGUGAAGGCCAUGCGCAACGUGCCCAACCUGUUCAUCUCCAGUCUGGCCUUGGGAGAUCUGCUCCUCCUGGUAACGUGUGCUCCCGUGGAUGCCAGCAGGUACCUGGCCGACAGAUGGCUGUUUGGCAGGAUUGGCUGCAAACUGAUCCCCUUUAUACAGCUCACCUCGGUGGGGGUGUCUGUCUUCACACUCACGGCUCUCUCGGCGGACAGGUACAAAGCCAUUGUCCGACCAAUGGAUAUCCAGGCCUCUCAUGCCCUGAUGAAGAUCUGCCUCAAAGCCGCAUUGAUCUGGGUUAUCUCCAUGCUUCUGGCCAUCCCGGAGGCUGUGUUUUCGGAUCUGCAUCCCUUCCACGAGGAAAGCACCAACCAGACCUUCAUUAGCUGUGCCCCAUACCCACACUCUAAUGAGCUGCACCCCAGAAUUCACUCCAUGGCUUCCUUCCUGGUCUUCUAUGUCAUCCCGCUGUCAAUUAUCUCUGUCUACUACUACUUCAUUGCUAGAAAUCUGAUCCAGAGCGCUUACAAUCUGCCUGUGGAAGGGAAUGUACAUGUCAAGAAGCAGAUUGAAUCCCGGAAGCGCCUUGCCAAGACAGUGCUGGUGUUCGUGUGCCUCUUUGCCUUCUGCUGGCUCCCCAACCACAUCGUCUACCUGUACCGCUCCUACCACUACUCUGAGGUGGACACCUCCAUGCUCCACUUCAUCACCAGCAUCUGUGCCCGCCUCCUGGCCUUCACCAACUCCUGUGUGAACCCUUUUGCCCUCUACCUGCUGAGCAAGAGUUUCAGGAAACAGUUCAACACCCAGCUCCUCUGUUGUCGGCCUGGCCUGAUGACCCGCUCUCACAGCACUGGCAGAAGUACCACCUGCAUGACCUCCUUCAAGAGUACCAACCCCUCUGUGGCCACCUUCAGCCUCAUCAACGGAAACAUCUGUCAUGAAGGGUAUGUCUAAGCUGAUCCUUGACCCUGUCACCCCAGGGGUCCCCGGUUUUGCUUUAUGGCUAGUAAAGAACCCUCACAUCUGUUGUUGUCUCUAUACCCUCCAAAGACCCUUGGGAAGGCUAUGAGUUUGCAGGCAGGUUGCAGAGAAGCCCAAAUGGAUUGCUGUUAUGUUUGAAAGGCCCAUCAAGGCUUACGCUUUCCAUUUCAACUUCUAAAUAUUCUUCUGAUGUAGAGCCAAUUCUCCUCUUUUUAGAAAAGGGAAUAAGAAAUUAUUAUUUUAAGCAUCAAGCCCUGAUAUACAGGUAUGGCCAAUUAAGUCAUAGAAAUUAUAUGAACCACCAGAUUUAUAUAGCAGAAAAAUUACACAUUAAAUGUCCACUUUGUGAAAGACUUUACCUUGUCAUUUCUUUAAGUAGAAGCUAGUGCUUUAAAAAGAUGAUUUGAGUAAUUUUUCAGGAAUAUUUAUAAUCACAAACCAAGGAACUGUUUUUUACACUCCUAACAUGAAAGCCAACCCUAUGAAAAAGUACUAUGUAUGAGGGACCAUUCCCAAAUUGAUAACACUGGAAGCCAGUUUAAAACAAAUCCCUGAGUUAAUUGUUUUUGAAAGAUGUUACUGGGGACAUAGGAGAAACACUCAACACAUCAUUUUAAGGCAAAAACACAACCGAACACAUAGACACAUAUACAAAGAUCCGUGCGAGGCUGUGGAUCGAUAUCUUACACUCUGAAUUCUAACUCAGCAGAGAUCCUUUUUGCUGUUUCCCCAUUUCAGUCAUCUGUGGUAUAGUUAGUUCUGCCAUAGAAUAGAAAUCCUUUUGGGAAAAAAUUGAUCAUGUUCUCAAUUCAUCAUUUAUAAGUACAUAAAGUAUAGUAUUUAUUUUUGGUAUACAGGUUUUCAGCCAAAUGUAUUUACUUAGAUUUGGCUGUCCUUGUCUGCUACAUUGAAGGAGUAAUUUCUUAUGGAAAAAAAAAAAGAGAUCACUUCUGAGUGGAAACAGAAACAUGUUUACAUUUAACAUAUGCUUACCUAAAGUCUGGGAGGAAACGAAUAAAAUUUCAGUAAUACGUAUUUCUGUUUGAAUAUGUAGAAGUAAUUUGCAGGGGGCUUAGAUUUAAGAAUGGAUUAAAAAAACAGCCAAGAGGAGUAUUUAUGAAACAGCCAUGUGCAGAAAAAUACUGGACUGAAAUCUUUUUAUUUUUCUGAGUAAAGAAAUUUGACCAUCUUACUUUAGAAACCCUGAACCAAGUUUUUCUUGACUCCAGGAUACGCCAAUUCUGACAGACUGCAAACACGUUAACCCACUUUCAGAUAAAGCCGAAUUCUGCAAAUGUGCCCUAAGGUGUAUCCUUCACAUCCAAAGACGAUGUUAGUUCCGGUUUUCUCUGUCCAAAUGAGAAGGAACUGUCCGCGCCCUUUUCCAUAUGGCCUGUAUGAAAACAUUUUCAUCUCUUGAUACAAGGAAGUGCUGUCUGCAGAGCUUUAGAAGUUAGGACAAAGACAGUUGUAAAGAUCUGUGUUUACAGUUGUAUUAGCUGGAGUGAGACCUCUUCACUGCUGUCUGCUGUGUGCACUUCUAUACUGUACCCACCUGCUUUCCUGGUAGUCCAUAAUGACAUCGGACAGUUUGAAAAGCAAGACAGGCAGUGUAGCUGAAAGAAGCAAGGUUUUUAGCUGGACAUCCCAACUCUGUCUCUAGCUAUGAGUUUAGCUAUCAAUUUGUCUUCUCUUGACUCCUUUUUUCAUCUCUAGAAAGAGAGGACAGUACCGAGGUCCUUCUAUUGCUAAAAUCCUUUGAGUCUUGUCAUCAUUUCUAGUUCUGUCUCUAAAGCAUUUAUACAGCCCGCCUGCUCACAGCUGCCCCACUUCUGCAACCUUUGCAACAACUCCUCUUGAGAAAUCCUUCAACCAACAUUCUGCAGUCAUGUUCACAUUAGUGGAAUGGAAGGAGACGGACUAUUCUAUCACUUCCAGGAGCUCACUGGAAUAAUUUGUAUGAAUAAUGUCCCAUUAGCUUGUUAUGUUUUGGAAUUAAAGCUGAAAGACACAUAAGAAAACGUAUUGCUCGAUCUCCUCACUAAACAGGGGUACUUUUCCCGCUCACCUCCAACCUCCAUGCACCUGUCAUCGUGAACUAGUGCUCCCCAAUUUUACACCUGGAUUUCUUCCAAACUCUUUGAGUAUGAAGUGACUUCGUACCUAGUUCGGGGCUACAGUGUCUAGCAUUCUGGGUACGUAGUGUGACUUGUUCAAGCAUCUCUGAUCUACCUGAUUUCAAAGACAUUUUGGGAGUAGGACUCAUCUUAAUGUCUCCUUCAGGUAACAUCAUGGCACAGAUUGUGGCGGGCUCCUCCCUAGCUUCUGGACAGUGAGGAGAUUGAAGUCUAGGUCUAGCUGUGUGUCCCGAGGCAAAUCUUAUCACGUUUUGGGGACUCCUUAAUGAAGGGUUGGAGAAGGCCUCUGCCAGCCAGUGAGCCAGGACUGGCAAAACUGUUCUGUGAAUCAACUGAUGGAUGGACCCAAACCUUCUUACUGGGAUGGACUUAGCUGGGCCCUUCUCUAGGGAAGUCAACUUCAAUCUCAAGAACCUGAAAUUACGGUGAGAGACACCCCCGCCCCCAUGUGAUAUCACCUCCCUGUUAGGGCAGAGUGUGGCAGGGGCUGGAGCUAAGACAUUUCACGCCUGGCUUCCAAAGAUAAUCAGGUUUAGCGCUUAUGUCUUUGGCAAGGAAAAAAAAAUCAAUUUUUGCUGUGGAAAACCAUCUGUGUUUAUUCAAUUGACAGACACUACCUUUCAAUCUAUCUUAAAUUGAGCCUCCCUGAGGCAGGCAGCUCAACAGUGAUAGAUGAAGCAAUAAACAAGGCCGUCUUCCCACCAACGGCCCCGGCUGGCAGGGAGGGCGCAGCCGCUGUUAGGAGAGGUAUUCCACAGCAAGGUGGUCCUCCCUGCUUGGCGCAGAUGCGGCCCCUCCCUGUGGGUGAGUUGAGAUUCCCCAUAAACGCGCAUGGCUCAACCCUGUUCUGGCUGCCCUCCCUCCCCCCACUGAACCUGGCCUUCUCCCUCAUUAACGAGUCUGGGAUUUCCCUCUUUGCCACACCAACAAUUUGGUUUCAUCUUGAAGGAUGGAAAACCCUUAAGUAAAGAAACAGUUAAGUGGCUGCUUCAGAUGAACCAAACUCAGCUUGUUAUGAAAAUGCACACUGAACAGAAAUAAAUGAACUUGUCCAUAGGACACGGGCACACUGAACUUACAAAGUCUUUGUUUAUGCCAAAAGUAGAGGCGGUUAGUGGUUUCAGAGUCUAUUCAUGUACCAAAUGUCUUCUAGGAAUAGAGAGUAGCUUUGUUUGGGGACUACAAGUUGAAUGACAUCCUCGAGCUUGGACUAAAAGGUGGCUAAGUCACUUUCCCAAAAGCCAGAUAGAAAUGAUCGCCCUGGGGGCGCCUGGGUAGCGCAGUCGUUAAACGUCUGCCUUCGGCUCAGGGCGUGGUCCCGGCGUUCGGGGAUCCAGUCCCACAUCGGGCUCCCUGCUCCACUGGGAGCCUGCUUCUUCCUCUCCCACUCCCCCUGCUGUGUUCCCUCUCUCGCUGGCUGUCUCUCUGUCACAUAAAUAAAUAAAAUUAAAAAAAAAAAAAAAAAGAAAGGAUCGCCCUGGGACCCUGACCAUAUGAGAGCUGAAUGAAUAGGACUCACUUCUGUGGUGGUGACGGGAUGGGGGUGGGGGGCAAACUUUCUGACCAUUUCUGCCCUUCACAUCCAGGUCCCAAAGGAGCUGUUGUUAGAGGCUCCGAACUAACCCUGGCUUGCUGGGAGGAGUGGAGCACAUUUUGCACAUUCGUCUAAUGUUCAGCUGAAUUUUAAUAAAUGGAUUAACAACUGAAAACAAAGAAAUGAUUCACUCUCCUGGGGCCAGGUUUUGUGUCAGCUAUCCAAAGAAACCAAGCCCUAACAAGCUCUAGUUUAUUCUGUAUGUGACGGUCAUUCCUCUCGGCCCCCACCUUGACAGUCCCCCCAGCCCCCCACCCCCAACACAAACACAAUACCUUUAAUAUCAAGCCAUCUCUUACCAUAACUGUGUCUGUCAAAGACACCCUUCUUUUAGGUAGGGGCCAAGCGUGAACUCCAGCUGAAUGUAUCCAGCGCAAUCAACAAAUCGCACCCUGAGAAGACUUCUUUUGUGAAACAACAUUAGAAAUGCAAUCAGUGGAAUUUAUCUAAUUUUUUAAAAGUUUAAGAGCCCCUAGGUUAAAAUAUUACAUGUCCACGAGUAAUUCAAAAAAUUAUUUGCAUUCACCUAGUGUUCAUGGUCUAUAAAGCACUUUUAUACUCAUUGCCUCAUCUAAUCCAAGCCUUCCCUGCCGGCCAAAGAGCUGCUUAACAUCCUUUACUAUGGAAAUUUGUAAAUGACAUUUACUAGUGACCAUCUACGAUUAGAUUAAAAGACCCACGGAACUCUGAGGCUGAAGCAUGCAACUACAGAUGUUGAACCGUGUUUGACCUACACAAGGGUGAUUUCAUCCGGUCUAGUGUAAUCUGAUUUCAUUUAUAUUCAUGGCCGUUCUGUGAUACUGAAGAACAGCGCUGCUCAUCACUUUCCCAGUUUACAGGACAGUCUGUGCCUGCAAAGUGGUCUGUUUAACAUGGCCCAAGGCAGGGAACCAAGUCAUUGUUGGUUUCCCCAGAAAUGCAGAUUAGCCGGAACAGUAUUCCAUGUCACACUGAAGUGGAAGGCUAAGAGAAGAAGGGCGGGAUCCUUGGGAGCAAAAACACAAGCCACAGAACCGACUGUAUCUGUGUGAAACUUCAGUGGAGUUCUGUGGUUCUAGAAGCCCUGGAAAGGAAGGGGCUCGACUGCACCAAGCACCAAUGAUGCCAAAUGCGGUGCUGAGCGCACGAUUACCUUGAAAAGUGUUCAGAUGAUGAACAGGGAGAUCACUUCACCAUCCCAAGGUCACAUAGCACAGUUGAAUGGCAGAGUAUUAAUGUGGACCUGGAUCUCUCUUAAGACCCCGUCCAUUCCACUGCUCAGCAUUGCUUCCCAAAUCCAGCCCAUGUGAGAAAUUAAGUUCACAGUAACUAAUAGUCCCAUUCCCUACUCUAGCCUUUGUCCAAAGGCAUGAGCUACCAAGGCGGUUGAGGAACAUACACAAAGGGCAUGGCAGAUGUUUCUAAGCACAUAAGUUAAGGACUCGCUGCAGGCAGAGGCUGAAAUGUAGCAAAGAGCAGGUGGGCAAGGAAGUCCCUUCGUUUACACAAUUCAGUUGCAACUGGAAGCCCUGGGAAGAAUUUCCCACCUGGUUCUGUGACUAACCAAGGAGAAAAAAAAACCUUGGCAAACAGCCAUAUACAGAGGACACAAGUGAGAAGAGUCAAUCCAGGCAUCUUUCUUUGAAUUAGGAUUCAUUGGAGAACAGGUAUCAGGAAGGGGUGAAACCCCUUCCCCAUUCCCACCCUCACCCCCCCCCCAAAGAAAAAGUAAGAUAUGAUAGCAGAUGGUUUUCCAGAAGCCUACAGACCCAGGCUAUGUGAGUAGCCUUUAACAGAAAAAUCUCUCCUGGACUAAGAUAUGAGCUCAGAUAUGGACUUAGGCAUCUGAGUGCCUAGCCCUAGGUGCCCUGUUUAAAACCCAGAUACCAUCGUCUCUCUGCCCAUUCUGAGCUCACAUUCUAGAAGAUAAGCUUAUUUCCCUUUUUUUCUCCAAAUUUAAAAUUCAUUCUGAGAGCCAUAUAAUGACUUGGAAGGACUCACAUAAUUUUAUGGUCUUUUAAAAGGAUCAUUUUAAUGGACAGUAAAACUUCACACAUUCAACACCUCAUUAAUUCCCAGACGAGCUUGAAAAUUUUGGUAUACCUCGGGAUUUCAGUGUUCAAGGUACAUUAUAUAAUUUAGGACUGUUGUGAAUCCAAAUUUUUUCAUCACUUUGCUUCAGUUUUAGCCAGUGCUAUUGAUAUAUUAUUAUUGAUAAUGUAUAACAUUAAGAAAGUAAAACUGAUUAAAGUUUUUUUCCCCUGUAAUCUGGGGUUAACAGAUUCAAAUACAACCUUUCUUGCAUCCAAGUCAGCAUAAUUUUGGGUAAUAAAAUUUGUUGAAAAGGUCUGAGUUGUAAAAAUACGUGGCACAAACUUCUUUAUGUCAUUUUCUGUUUUGUUUUAAAUAUUAGACUCAUAUUUUGUAAAUUAUAAUUGUACUUGUUACUAUUAACUGUAAAUAUUUAUUGCAUCAAAAAUGUGCUCUGUGUUAAAUAAGUCAGAACAAGUUCCAGGUGUGGUACUUAGUAUAAAUAAUGUCAUGGCUUGGCUUUGCCUAGACUCCUUAGACUAAUGAAUUAUUUAUAAGAAAUUCACAAUAUUAAUAUGAAUGAUUCAGGUCCUUUUAAAUGUACAAACUUAACUGUGUGACCAUGUGAAAUUCUGUCUAUGAAGUGUGCUCAGUGAUUGUAUUCUUGUUUUUCAAGACAUGUUUCCAAUACUUCUAUCACAUUGUACAUGAUCUGUGUGACAUGAAGUCAAAUCAGUGUAGCUGAAUAUUUAAGUCAUAGAAGGUAGGAAAUGUGUCUUAUUUCUUAACACAAUAAAGCAUAAUUUAUUAAAUGGACAGAUGCAUGUAUUCAAUGUUCAAU